AGAGAGAGAGUGAUAACCUAGCCGGCCGGAAAAUCAUCUUUCCGUUCGAGAUGGGGAUCCGAUGGGAGGAUGCCGUUCUUUUCCAACCUGGAAAAACCCCCGGCGACCCAACUCUCAUAACAGCCAACUGCCCAGACAAAGCUGGACUCGGUUGCGACCUCUGCAGAAUCAUUCUUGAAUUCGGACUCUGCAUUACUCGUGGAGAUUUUCAAACCGAUGGGAAAUGGUGUUACAUAGUACUGUGGACAGUUCCACAAGAAAGCUCGACUAGAAUUGAGUGGGAUAGUUUGAAACAUAGGCUACAAGCGGCGUGUCCUUCUUGGUCAAUAAUGUCGUCUUUUCAUUUUAACCAGCCGCCACGAUUUGCCAAAGCUUCUCCAGUCUACUUGUUAAAAGUCUUUUGCCUUGAUCGCAAAGGUCUAUUGCACGAUGUUACUAAGGUGCUUUCCAAGCUCGACCUAACCAUCCAAAGAGUAAAAGUCACUACUACCCCAGAUGACAAAGUUUUGGAUCUCUUCUUCAUCACAGAUACCAUGGAUCUUCUGCACACGGAAGAGAGACGAGACGAAACGUGCAGGCAUUUGGCCCAAGUUUUGAAAGAGCAUUGCAUCAGCUGUGAACUCCAAUUGUCGGGGCCUGAGUUUGAGAAUCAGCAAGGGGCUUUAAUGUCUUUUUCAUCUGAAGUUGCUGAAGAACUUUUCAGCUGCGAGCUCUCGAGUAAGGAAAUGGGGUCUCUUCAUCCUCUGAGCUCGGAGAUGAAGAAGGUUAAGAAGGCGAGCAUUACAGUUGACAAUCACAUGAGUCCUUCACAUACUUUGCUUCAAAUACAGUGUAUAGAUCAGAAGAGCCUUGUUUAUGAUAUCCUCAGGACUUCCAAGGACUGUGAUAUCCAGAUUGCCUAUGGAAGAAUAUCACCAACAGUGGAUGGAUGUCGAAAUGUGGAUCUUUUUAUACAAAAGAAAGAUGGGGGAAAGAUUGUAGAUCCUGAAAUUCUUACUGCUCUAUGUUCUCGGUUGAAGGAGGAAAUGCUUCACCCGCUUCGGGUUACAAUUGCAAGCCGUGGCCCAGAUACCAUUCUUCUGGUGGCUAAUCCAGUUGAAGUUUCUGGAUUUGGAAGGCCUCGUGUUUUUUAUGAUGUUACCUUAGCAUUGAAAUUGCUUGGAAUAUGCAUCUUUUCAGCUGAAGUUGUAAGGCAUUCGACGUCCGAUCGUAAGUGGGAAGUUUACAGAUUCCUUUUGGAUGACAUUCCUAGGUUUCCAAUAGCAAGUCAGCAGCGGUCGAGAGUGGAGAUUAUUGACAAAGUGAGGAAAACACUUAUGAUUUGCUAAAUGUUUUUCUUGGUUUGUUAUGGGUGGGUAGAAUCCUUUUUUCUUGGUGAUU